AUAAGUAUUUUUAGCAAUAAUUAAUCCAGAAAUUUAAAAGCAAUAGCACAUAUAAAUACUCUGCAACACGUGCCAAAUUCGUUGCCAAUAAACGUUAUGGAAACUCCAAACCCUAAGCGACAGUGCCGUGAUGAUUUCUCCUCCAUCCAAAGCCCUAAUUCUGUUGCUAUAGCUCCAGAUUUCAACCAGAAUGACUUUGAUUCGACUAUCUCCUCUUUCCUUUUGUUACCUGAUUCGCCUUAUAAUUCUAUUGGUUGCUCCUUCGAUCGUGUGCUAGGUCAAGUUCUCGACUCUGCUUCUGAAGCUUCCGGUGAUGAUUCCGUUCGUGAUCGUCUCAUCGAUCGUACUAACAAACUCGCAUUUCUUCUUCUUGAAUCCACCAAACGAUUCUCUCGAAUGCGCUCUACUCACUACAAUUACAAUUCUUGGUCCCUCCCUGAAGAACUCACCAUUAAGGUGUUUUCAGGGCUUGAUACAAAGUCUCUGAUGCAAGCUUCAGCAUGUUGCACCAUGUUCCGCAAAUGUUCUAUAGACCCUUUAUGUUACUCUCACAUUGACUUGAAAAUGGGUGGCAAACGCGUUUUUGAUGAAAUUGUGUGUAGUAUGAUUCACAAAGCUGGAAAAGAACUCAGAUCCCUUAAACUCGGUCGUGUUAUAUCUUCACGCAAAGGAUCUUCGUUCACAAGCACUUGUCUCACCUCAGUAAUUCGUAAUCAUGGGUUCAAUGGUGGUCUCUUGAGAAGCCUACAACUUUACAAUCUCGUAUCGACAGGAACCAAGUCCUUAUGCGCUAUGUUAUCAGUCUGUCCAAAUCUCACUGAUCUUAUGAUUGCUAAUUUUGACAGGAAACAAAUACUAGAGCAAGUACUAAAGACGCUCACUAAAAAUCCUCGCUUGCUAAUAGAGCGUUUAUUCUUACAGAACAAUAUCGACUUAAUUCCUGCAUCAGGCCUAUCGUCUUCAACGGUUGAGGCAUUUGUUACCUCGUGCCCCAGCUUAACUUGGCUAAAGCUCGUAGGUUUUGGACUAAAGGAAGAAACAGCCCGAAAUCUUGCUGAGGGUUUUCCUAAGCUUACCUACAUGAAUCUGUCUAAAACGCCUGGAAUUAGCGGUCGGUUUUUGAGGGAUUUGAGAAUUAGCUGCAGAGACAGUACAAUCAAGACUCUAAUACUGCGUGACUGUCCUUCCUUAGAGAGGAGAGAAAUAGGGUAUUUUUUGGAUUCACUUCUCAACGGACAUUUCAAAUUCAUUCGACAAAUUGACGUAACAAGUGAAGUUAUUGCUGAUGGAGGCAAGGAAAUUAUCGUAGGAAAGUACAUAUUAUCGAAGCUGAAAGAACAAAGAUCAGAUGUCACAGUUGUAGCCAAAUCUGUUUGUUUUUAGCUAAAUCUAGAUGAAUAAUAAUCACUAUCAAAUUUAGUGGUUUUGGUUGUAAAUUCAGAUCAAAAGAUUUCGACAUUUCGUGGACAUAUUUAAUUUGUUUUUUUUUACCUAAUAAAGAUGUGUUAAAUCCUUCUAAAUCCUAAAACAAUUUUCUGCCUUAGUUAAAGUGAUCUUGUCCUGAGAUUUCCAAUGUUUUUCUUUCCUUAUGUCUUGAGGUCUCCACCAAAACUAUGCCAUCAGAGCAGUGAUAUUCUGGAAAAUGGUAGUGGGAAUCUUAAAACAGGACAUAGAGUGUAAAUGAGAUGCUGUACUGUCUCUUAUCCUCAGAAAUUGAAUGUCCAAAUGUGAUGCAGGA